GAUGUUUGGCUGUGUGGUUUGGAUUCAAGGUAUCUGCCAGCAAAGCUCAUCUGUUGAUGUCAUGAUCACCAGGUGGCAGUGCUAUUGAGUGUGAUUACAUCAUUAGGAUGCUAACAUCAUCAAUAGGCUAAGCUACCGAUGAAUUCAUAACGAAUAGGCUGUUAAGAGGUGGAAGUUGCUCAGGGGGGCCUGCCUUUGAAGAGUAUAUCUUGACUUGCCUGCUGCUUGUGGCUCCCUUUGCUUCCUUAGCUGCUGUGAGAGCUCAGCUGUGAGGAUACAGGGAAGGAAGUGGGCCAGGCCUGGGAGAAGAAAAGACUCCCUGGGGAGAUGGCAUGUAAUCUGAAAGAAAAAGUGAUGUAACUCAAUCACUCUGAAGACUUGGAGGUCGGGGUGAAGAGGGAGGCAUGGCCUGGCCGCGAUUUUUGCAGAGGGGGACUCUGUUCACCAGCUUCAGCCAUCACCAUGUUGCUGUGUUCCUGCUCACUUUCUUCAGCUAUUCAUUGCUCCAUGCGUCAAGAAAAACAUUCAGCAAUGUCAAAGUCAGUAUUUCCAAGCAAUGGACCCCAAAUGCCUUUAACACAUCCAUUGACCUGCCUGCAGAGAUCUGGAGCAGCAACCAUUUGUUCCCCAGCACAGAGGAAGCCACUCUUUUCCUUGGAACACUAGAUACUGUUUUUUUGUUCUCCUAUGCUGUGGGCCUCUUCAUCAGUGGCAUCAUUGGGGAUCGGCUGAACUUGCGAUGGGUUCUAUCUUUUGGCAUGUGCUCUUCUGCAUUUGUGGUGUUUGUCUUUGGCACUCUCACGGAAUGGCUGCACUUCUACAGCAAGUGGCUCUACUGUGGGUUGUGGAUCGGGAACGGCCUGCUGCAGUCCACGGGCUGGCCCUGCGUGGUGGCUGUGAUGGGCAACUGGUUUGGGAAAGCUGGCCGGGGAGUUGUCUUUGGUCUCUGGAGUGCCUGUGCUUCAGUGGGCAAUAUUUUGGGAGCGUGCCUGGCUUCAUCUGUUCUGCAGUAUGGUUAUGAGUACGCCUUUCUGGUGACCGCGUCCGUGCAGUUUGCUGGUGGGAUCGUCAUCUUCUUUGGACUCCUAGUGUCUCCAGAAGAAAUUGGUCUCCCGAGUAUUGAGGCAGAAGAAAACUCGGAAGAAGAUUCACACAGGCCUCUCAUCCAUGGUGCUGAAAAUGAAGAUGAAUACGAGCCUAACUAUUCAAUCCAGGAGGACGGGGCUGUCACCCAAGCGAAGGCAAUCAGCUUCCAUCAGGCUUGCUGCCUUCCUGGAGUCAUACCAUACUCACUGGCCUAUGCCUGCCUGAAGCUGGUGAAUUACUCCUUCUUCUUCUGGUUGCCCUUUUAUCUGAGUAACAACUUCAGGUGGAAGGAAGCCGAAGCCGACAAGCUGUCCAUUUGGUACGAUGUCGGAGGCAUUGUAGGUGGAACACUGCAAGGCUUCAUCUCUGAUGUGCUACAGAAGAGAGCACCUGUGCUGGCCCUCAGCCUGUUCCUGGCAGUUGGGUCCCUUGUUGGUUAUAGUCGCUCUCCAAACAAUAAGUCUAUCAAUGCUCUUCUGAUGACCAUUACAGGGUUUUUUAUUGGCGGACCGUCCAAUAUGAUUAGCUCUGCUAUUUCUGCAGACUUGGGUCGCCAAGAGCUGAUCCAAGGGAGCAGUGAGGCUCUGGCGACUGUCACAGGAAUCGUUGAUGGAACUGGGAGUAUCGGUGCUGCUGUGGGCCAGUAUCUGGUGUCUUUGAUCCAGGACAACCUGGGAUGGAUGUGGGUUUUCUACUUUUUCAUUCUCAUGAGAAGCAAGAGGCUCCCUCAUACAUCGCCAACCAUUAAUCAGUGUGCUCCUCUGGGCUGCUGACUGGCUGCUAAACAGGCCUUGAGAAUUCUGAAGCAAAGCAACAAUGUUACAAAGAAGUGAGGCUCUAAUUAACACGUCCGCAGGGGCAGUUGUUCAGCUAUCGAGUCUUGCCUGAGACGUUGUGCUUUGUGAGAAAAAGCCUAAAAGGCCCUGCUCUUAAAAUGCUGCUUUCUGUUGAAAAGGCCUGUGACAGAUUUAGUUAUAUUGUUGAUGGGACAUUGCUCAUGACAGGUCAACUCGACCUCAUCUGUGGAAGACUUAUUCUUGAAACCAGGCAUCCUAAUUGGCCACCGUCACCUAAUUCUAGGCAGCGGCCUCUAGCCUGUUCCAAGGAUGAGCAGGAUAGGUGAACAUGACGGAGUCCCUGGGGCUGUCUUCUCCCGCCUCUAAGGACUCAGCUUUGGUGACGCACACUUGUAAUGCCAGCACUUGGGAGGCAGAGGCAGGAGGAUUCUAAGUUGAGGGCCAGCCUGAAAGACCUUGUCUUUAAAGAAAAAGUGCAUUUGUUUCCAGGAUUCAUUUGUGGGCAAGGGAUGCAUUGUGCUUAAGGCCCAGAGUUCAGUUCCCAGCACUGCAAAACAAAAAGGAGAUGGCACAGUAAAAGUCCAAGCUAUACAGUUUGAUACCCAGAAUCUAUAAAAAGCCAGAUGUGGUACACAUCUCUGAUCCCAGAACUCCUCCUGAGAGGUGGAAGGUGGAAACAGGAAAACCAUCCAGCAACUUGCAGGCCAGCCAAGCUGGAGUGGUAGCUCAUCAGCAGAAAUGUCAGAGCUGUGUCUGCCUGGCACCCACAUAGUGGAGGACAAGGGCCAACUCCUCCAGGCUGUUCUCUGACCUCCACACAUGUGCUGUGGCACCUGCAUACACAUGUGUACCAACACACAUGUGGGUACUCAUGCUCUCGUCCCCCCACUAAGUAAGUACAUUUAAAAUGAAUAAAAAGACCUGCUAAGUAGAGGGAUAUGAGACUUCCGGAUCUGCUGUGAGAAGCCCACCUUUAAUCCCAGCACUCAGGAGGCAGAGGCAGGUGAAUCUAUGAUUUCAAGACUAGCCUGAUCUCCAGAGAGAGUUCUAGGAUAGACAAGGCUGUUACAUAGAGAACCCUGUCUCAAAAAACCAAAAAAGAAAAAAAGAAGCCCAACUUUUGUCUGGGCUCAGGUGACUUGUUUUGCCCAUGGCAGUGGCACACUUCAGUUAUUUUUUGGACAGCUAAUGUGACAUUAUGUGUUUGUGGUCCUAACUCUAACUUUCAAAAGUCAUUUUCUAAUUCACUGAAGACAGACAGUUUUCUUUCUGUGAAGUCAGAAUGCACUUGCCCAAACCCAUUGCUAAUGUUCAAAUCAUGAUGCUCUAACAGCAGAAGUAAGUUGUUGCUUCAUUUUAAAAACUUUUUUC